CGAAUGUCACUCUAACACACUGUGAAUGGACCAUCAACCCCCACCCUGCCCCGAUGACGACCUAACCGCCGCCACCACCGCCACUCCGAGGUCCGGCACGCGCCACCCCGUCUACCGCGGCGUCCGCAAGCGCCGCUGGGGAAAAUGGGUGUCCGAAAUUCGGGAGCCGCGCAAGAAGAACCGCAUAUGGUUGGGGUCUUUUCCGGUGCCAGAGAUGGCGGCGCGAGCGUACGACGUCGCCGCAUACUGCCUCAAGGGUCGGAAGGCGCAGCUCAACUUUCCCGACGAGGUGGACUCCCUGCCGCUUCCUUCGUCCCGCACGGCCAGGGACAUUCAGGCCGCCGCGGCCCAGGCGGCGCGCAUGAUGAAAGCGGAUGGCAGUGACGUGAAAAGCAGCAUUGCCGAUGAUGACGGAGACAGCGGCGGCGACGAUUUUUGGGGCGAGAUUGAGUUGCCGGAGCUGAUGGACGGCGAGUGCUGCUGGGGUUGCCCAGGAGGAUCCUCGUGGAGUACCUCCGGCGACAUCGCCGGUUGGACGGAGGAGGAGUUUUCGCCGCAGCAACCGUCGUUCCUGGCGUGUCUAUGAUCUGUAUCUGUAUUAAUGGUGUUCAGUGUUUGGUAUGUUUCUUAUAUAUAAAUAUGUUACUAUUAGUGUUACUACAUCGCAUAUGCCAACUGUUCCUGUUGUCAUAAAUAAUAAUAAUAAUUAUCGGUAGUAGUAAUAUUUUCAUUGAAACUUGUC